AUGAUUUUCGACAGGCUGCCUAUGACGCUGCCGCUAAGCCAGGACAAUGUGCUGGAAGACGCCCUGGAGAAUGUCUUGGCGAAUUCGCACAGCCUUCUUAACAACACACGGCGGCUGAGUAAUCCUGAAUCAGAUAGUGGUGUCGCUCUCCUUAAACAUGCACUAUAUGGCACGCAGACGCCUCGCGCCGCGGCACCUCAAGUAGACAACAGUGAGAUUAUCCCUGCCAUUGGCGCCCUGCAUACCCAACUGGAGGAGUGCCGCGAUCUGCUGCGCCAAGUCGACAGUGAGCGCCGCCUAUACCGUGAGAAGACGGUACAGUUGCAGAGGGCACUCGAUGAGGAGCACCAUGGACAGGAGACCCUGCGUAACCAGAUCGUGGGCUCACAGGACGAGCUGCGCAAGGCUCAACGCAAGGCCAUCGAGGUACAGCAAAGGUUGCGUGAGAUGGAGGAGGCAAUGGAUACCGCAACAGAGGAACAGAUGCGGCUGCGCCGCUUCCUGCGUUCGAUGCCGAUGAACAAAGAGCGUGCACUCACUCUGGUACCGGAUCGCCGCUUUGAGGAGGCCUUUCGGGACAAGAUGUCUGCAAUUCACUACAAACGUCGCUACGAACGCGCACGACAGCUGUACCAGCAACGCUCUGAGAUGGCGGAGGGGAAACAAAUGGCGAUGGAAGACACCUACACGGCAGAGGGUGCAGACCUGCCGUCGCUGAGCCUCACCGGUGCGCAGGGCUUAGCGGCACUCGCGCUACCCGAUGUGUCGUCACUCGCAAACAGCACUAACAACUUGUCGACAUCGCAGUGGGUUUCCCUGCGGAGUGUAAGGGAUACGCUGACUUUCCCUUUCCUGCUUCCCUUCUCGCACACCACGGCGAGGGACGACUACAUCAAUACGCAGGUACAACGUUCCACACAGAAGGAUUCACUGGCACGCCUACGCGAAGGCGCGUUCCGGAUGUGUCACCGCCUCAAACAUGUGCAGGAUUCGGGGCUGCACAGCAUGUACGGGGUGCUGCUUGAGAUCCUCCGUACCCACACCUCCACAUCCGCGUCCAUGCUGGUGAAUCCCAAGAAGACGUUCGAGUCGGUACUGGAGAAGAUGCAGCACGCACUCCGCGAGAUGCUGUUCGAGAUAGUGGAUCUCGUGAACUCCGCUGUUAUGCAGAUCGCGAAUCGCGAACCUCGCGUCGCUGUAAAACAAGCCGUUGCAAAGCACGAUGUCGGCUGCAGCGUGUACCUGGGCUCCACAUUUGAUAUGCGGCUGGCAGACAUUGAGGCGAAGCUCGAAGCACAACGACGAAAAUCCGCCGCCUCAGAGUCGGACCUAUUGGCUGGCACGCUCAAUGCGAGAAAUAGCGGCACAAUGAUGCGAAGCAAGGCUCUGCUCACGCUGGAGCAGUUGCUGUCCCUGCACAAAGCGUUCUGCACGGUCGCACAAGCUGCAAACUCUACCUGCGACAACGCGGCGCCGGAGCUGAAGGACAUGUUCGAGGAGCUCGCUCUCGCUGCGACCGACACCGCGCUGGACGACUCGCGGUACGAGACGAAAGUUGCCGAGGCCGUUGAGGCUGAUGUGCGCCACGCGGAGAGGCUUGCGGCUUCUGCGCAGCGUGCGGCAACGGUCCUCUCCGCGUCAGGGACGAAGAAGCGUCUGCCCAGCGCCGUCGCCGCCUCUGCGUCGCGGGCAAAGUCGAAACAGAAGCAGCAGUUGUUGUCACAGACACUCCCUGCCCCAAGCGUCAGUCUUACUGAGAGCCAACAAUUGAUAGAGGCGUUCAAAGCCGUGCAGCCCACAGCGUCUAUUGGAGGUGCCCUCCUCCCGAAACGCUUAAGCAAUACCAAGGACCUAGAAAGCUUUGGCGUCACUUCCAGUAGCUUGUCCAAAGGGUGCGACGAGAGCGAAGCAACUGCAACAAGGGCAGUGACGGAGCAUCGGCGUGAGGGCACACUCAGCAAAACGUGCUCUGUCACAAAAUCGGGUGCAAGGACGUCGUCAUCUGCGGGUGUUAUUUUGCCCCAACCCACUCGCACCUCUCUUCGGGGUGACGUGAAACCGAUGAAUAUGCGGGUGGCGACCUUCAACAAUAUCAAUUUGCCACAGUUCAUGGAUAACGUGGGAGCUCCACAUCCUCUACAUGCGUCUAAACAAACACGCAAAUAG